ACCUGCAUUAUGCAGAUGACACAACCUUGCUUGCUGAAAGUGAAGAGGACUUGAACCACUUACUAAUGAAGAUCAAAGACCACAGCCUUCAGUAUGGAUUGCACCUCACCAUAAAGAAAACAAAAAUCCUCACAACUGGACCAAUGAGCAACAUCAUGAUGAACUUAGAAAAGAUUGAAGUUGUCAAGGAUUUCAUUUUACUUGGAUGCACAAUCAACACCCAUGGAAGCAGCAGUCAAGAAAUCAAAAGACGCAUUGCAUUGGGCAAAUCUGCUGCAAAGGACCUCUUCAAAGUGCUGAAGAGCAAAGAUGUCACCCUGAAGACUAAGGUGUGCAUGACCCAAGCCAUGGUAUUUUUAAUCGCAUCAUAUGCAUGUGAAAGCUGGACAAUGAAUAAAGAAGACCAAAGAAGAGUUGAUGCCUUUGAAUUGUGUUGGCGAAGAAUAUUGAAUAUACCGUGGACUGCCAAAAGAACAAACAAAUCUGUCUUGGAAGAAGUGUGGCCAGAAUGCUCCUUAGAGGCAAGGAUGGCGAGACUGCGUCUUACAUACUUUGGACAUGUUGUCAGGAGGGGUCAGUCCCUGCAGAAGGACAUCAUGCUUGGUAGAGUACAGGGUCAGUGGAAGAGAGGAAAACCCUCGAUGAGGUGGAUUGACACAGUGGCUGCAACCAUGAGCUGAAGCAUAAUAACGAUUGUAAGGAUGGCAUAGAUCGGGCAGUGUUUCAUUCUGUUGUGCAGGGGAUCACUAUGAGUCGGAACCGACUUGAUGUCACGUAACAACAACAACAACAAAGUUUGAGGUCACGUUGCCUGAACUGACCUGGAGAAGGAAUUCUGUACUCCCCAGUGUGGCAUUCAAGACCUUUUAUAAUCUGACCCCAAGCUAGUUUUCUGGGAUUAACUUCUCAACUUCUACUCUGGCCUUUCUAUGUGCCACAACAUAAACACACUCAUAUGUACAUGCACACACACACACACACACACACACGCCUACGUAGGCAUCCUUCACUCCCUGCCCCUCCUGUAUGCUCUACCUUUGGGGCACUCUUGUGUUAACACUAGAAGGCCUUUUUAAUGUGUCUUGGUUUUAUGAAAUCUGAUUCAUCCUUCAAUGAUUAGAUCAAAUGCUCUCUGUCCUGCAAUACCAUGAUUCUCCUUUGCAUGUGGGGUAUACAUUAAAAAUUCAGGCACCCACAUCACCAUCCAUGCCUGUGGACCCCAGAUUUUCUGGGGGUUGGGUCUGGGAAUCUAUAGUUUUAUCACGUUCCUAAGGUGAUUUUUGGGGCCCUGGUGGCGCAGUGGUUAAGCAUUUGGCUGCCAACCAAAAGGCCAGCAAUUCGAACCCACCAGCUGCUCCUUGGAAACCCCAUGGCGCAGUUCUGCUCAGUUCUAUAGGGUGGUUCUGAGUCAGAAUCAACUUGAUGGCGAUGGGUUCAGAUGAUUAUUAUACUAAGAAGGAAGCUAACGUUUACUGAAUACUUAUUGAUAUGUCGGGCACUGUCCUGGGUGUUUUCAUGUGCACAAAAUUAGGACAUUUAACCUUCGUAUUAAUUUCAGGAAGUAGGCAUCACCAUCAUUUCCUUUAUGAAGAAGAAACUGAAGCUCAGAUUGGUUAAGAAACUUGCCUAAAGAUGCACAGAUGAUGAGUGGGAAAGUGGCCAUUCAGAAGGAAGACUUGCAGAAGUACCAUAACAGAGACACCUGGUUCCAGCUGCAGCAUGUCGACGCUGACUCAGAAGUGCAGGGCAAGGUCCACCUGGAGAUGAGGCUAAGCGAGGUCAUCACAGACACCGGCGUCGUUUGCCAUAAACUCGCUACACGCAUCUUCGAGUGCCAAGGUCUCCCCAUAGUGAAUGGACAGUGUGAUCCUUAUGCCACUGUGACAUUAGCAGGACCAUACAGAUCGGAAGCAAAGAAGACAAAAGUGAAAAAGAAGACCAACAACCCCCAGUUUGAUGAAGUGUUUUAUUUUGAGGUGACCAGACCCUGUAGCUACAGCAAAAAAUCCCACUUUGACUUUGAGGAGGAGGAUGUAGACAAACUUGAAAUUAGAGUUGACCUCUGGAAUGCCAGUAACUUGAAAUUUGGAGAUGAGUUUCUGGGAGAACUAAGGAUCCCACUGAAAGUGCUCCGGCAGUCCAGCUCCUACGAGGCAUGGUAUUUCCUUCAACCCCGGGAUAACGGCAGUAAGAGCCUGAAACCGGGUGAUCUGGGGUCCUUAAGGUUGAACGUGGUUUACACGGAGGACCACGUUUUCUCCUCAGACUAUUACAGGCCUCUCCGGGACCUCCUGCUAAAGUCUGCAGAUGUGGAGCCUGUGUCUGCAUCUGCGGCCCAUAUUUUGGGCGAAGUUUGUAGAGAAAAGCAGGAGGCAGCGAUCCCACUGGUGCGACUCUUCCUACACUAUGGCAAGAUUGUGCCGUUCAUCAGCGCCAUUGCAAAUGCCGAAGUGAAAAGGACUCAAGACCCAAAUACCAUUUUCCGAGGAAACUCUUUGACUUCCAAGUGCAUUGAUGAGACGAUGAAGCUGGCAGGGAUGCACUAUCUCCAGGUCACCCUGAAGCCCAUUAUAGAGGAGAUAUGCCAAAGCCACAAAUCUUGUGAAAUUGACCCUGUAAAAUUAAAAGAUGGCGAAAACCUUGAAAACAACAUGGAAAACCUGAGGCAGUACGUGGACCGCAUCUUUAAUGUGAUCACCAAGUCUGGGGUGAGCUGCCCAACCGUCAUGUGCGAUAUUUUCUUCUCCCUGAGGGAGUCGGCUGCCAAGCGCUUCCAAGAUGACCUGGAUGUGAGGUACACCGCUGUGAGCAGCUUCAUUUUCCUGAGAUUCUUCGCUCCCGCCAUUCUCUCCCCCAAUCUGUUCCAGCUCACCCCUCACCACACGGACCCACAGACUUCUAGAACUUUGACGCUUAUCUCAAAGACUAUUCAAACUCUGGGCAGCUUAUCCAAAUCAAAAUCUGCCAGUUUUAAGGAGUCCUACAUGGCUACGUUUUAUGAAUUCUUCAAUGAGCAGAAAUAUGCUGAUGCAGUAAAAAAUAAACAAGCACAGAGCUCCCAGGAUUGUCACAGAAGAGCUGAAUUCUCUGGAGCCCCCGUCCCUUCCUUCUUUAAUGUAUCAACAAGAAGACACAAAUUCUUAGAUUUGAUUUCGUCUUCGGGGAGAAGAGACCACAAGAGCAUAGAGCAGCCCAUCUUGCUUAAAGAAGGGUUCAUGAUUAAGAGGGCGCAAGGAAGAAAGCGCUUUGGAAUGAAGAAUUUUAAGAAAAGAUGGUUCCGCCUGACAAACCACGAAUUUACCUAUCAGAAAAGCAAAGGUAACAAGAAAGGCGACCAGCCUCUGUACAGCAUUCCUAUCGAGAACAUUCUGGCAGUGGAGAAAUUGGAGGAGGAGUCCUUCAAAAUGAAAAAUAUGUUCCAGGUCAUUCAGCCAGAGAGAGCGCUGUACAUCCAGGCCAACAACUGCGUGGAGGCCAAGGACUGGAUUGACAUCCUCACCAAAGUCAGCCAGUGCAACAAAAAGCGCCUCACCGUGUACCACCCCUCUGCCUACCUGAACGGCCACUGGCUAUGCUGCAAGGCCUCCUCGGACUCAACGCCUGGCUGCACCCCCUGCACUGGUGGCCUUCCGGCAAACAUCCAGCUUGACAUUGAUGGGGACCGGGAGACAGAGCGUAUCUAUUCGCUGUUUAACCUGUAUAUGAAUAAGCUGGAGAAAAUGCAAGAGGCCUGUGGGAGCAAAUCUGUGUAUGACGGGCCCGAGCAGGAAGAGUACUCGACGUUCCUCAUUGACGACCCUCAGGAGACCUACAAGACACUAAAGCAGAUCAUCGCUGGGGUGGGGGCUUUGGAGCAGGAACAUGCUCAGUAUAAACGGGACAAAUUCAAGAAGACAAAAUACGGGAGCCAGGAACACCCCAUUGGAGACAAGAGUUUCCAAAGCUACAUCAGACAGCAGUCUGAGGUUUCCACUCAUUCCAUUUAGAGCCUGCGGGACGUCCCAGGAUGGCGCUGAUGAGUUAACCACAGAAAGCCCAACUCUUUGGAAAGGAGAAAAGAGAGAGAAAAGAGAAGUGGGCAGAACAAGCAAAGGGAAUCCACAUUUCAUCCAAGUGUAUAGAUAAUAAGUGUCAGCCCCGAAGCUGUUGAGACUUGUGUUGUUUUUUCCUCUCUCCAGGAACUGUUACAAUAGUUGCUAUGCACUUUAUUCAUCUGGCAUUGACAGGUGACCCGAACUCUGCCUUUCUGGCAUGUGCGUUGUCGGUUGUGUUUUGUUUUGAAAUUUGCUUUGGUUUCUUGGGAAUCUAGCGAUCAGUUCAAUGAUCAAGAUGCAUGGACUUUCCUGUGACAACACCCCAGCAGUCCUCCCCCCUAGAGAAACCAAGUACGCCCUUGUUGAGCUGAUUAACAAGACGGCGUUAUUCCAUAGAGCCGGACACUUUUUGUUUCACGUGCAGUUUUGCUGUUGCUGGUCUCUGUACGGUUGCCCUGCACCUGUGUAGUCCUUUAGGCCAUCUGCUUUUAACACGUUUGGUGAUGUUAAGGGUAUUAUUCUUUUCCUAUGAGCCUGCUGUCCUGAGUUGCUGAAGGGCAGGCGGGGAAAGACAGCCUCUUGGUUUCCGCUGUCUGAUGCUGGUUUUGUUCCCAACCGAAGGAUCACCUUUGUGGCUGGGAUGUGCAGAACUGCAUAGAAAUCCCACUUUGAGGAUGCUCUUCAUCUUUUGGGAAUACGGGCUUCCUCCUACAGAGAGCUCCUGGCCUUUGACUUGUGUUGGGAUCUAUGACGACUUCGAAAUGAUUAAGACUUGGGAAAGCGAAAGAUGCGGAUUUCCAGUCUUCUCUUCGCGUCUAUUGCUGCAACUGCCUCAGUGGGGAUUAGAACCCCUGCCACGCCGACUGCUCUAAGACAUGCUCCCCACAGCCUGCGGAUGCCUGUGGAGUCAGGCCAACUGGGGCUGAGGAGCUGGGUGUCUGCUGACUCCCUGACUCCAAGCACAGAGCUGUUCUGCUGUUGGAUGGAAUUUAAAACUAAAGCCCAUAUGUUUGCCACCACUUAUGGAAGCUUGGGGGAAGAUUUUUUAAACAGAAAUGUGCAUUUUUCAAGCUGUUUUUCUUAAUGUUUUUAAAAGACCAUUUUUAAUGAGCUCUUUGAUAUAAAACUUCUACUCAUUAAAGGGGGGAUGACAGAGUAGGAUGGAUAAAAAGGGGAUGGAUUGUGUAUCUCAUGAAUACCAGCUAAAGGUCUUCAAGAGAAAUUGAAGAAGGCAACAAGCUCCAUAAGCUUGAAAUGUUGGGGCCUUAGAUGGUCCAGACUUUCCUCUCGGGGUCCCAUGAACAAUACUUUGCCUCUAACUCCAGGAAGCCCUCCCAAGAAGCUCUGGGGCUCUGGAAGCUGGGAUUGGGGAGGGAGUCACCUAGGACCAGAAAAAAGCGGGCAAGUCGCAACAUAUUCGACUUGCUCUCCAGCUGUUCGCUGAAGAAACUUCUUCCAAAAGCAGACCUCCUCACAGGGUAUACAGCGGGCGGCUCAGCAGGCUGGGGCUUAGGAAGCACUGUUUAAACCAAUAGUAAGAUGUAGCCUUGUCAUGACUUCUCCCUGUUCUUGUUUGGAAAUACUGUAGUUCAGACUCUUAAUCUAGAUGGCAAAUAGUCACAUUAUUUGUUGUCACGAAAACAGUCGUGGAAAACAUUGCAGAAGAUCAAAUUGGGGACACACAGCUACUAGGCUGCCACUGAACUGCAAUUUUUAACAUGGAUUUGUAACUUAAUAUUUCUGUUUAUAAAAUACUAAUGAUUUGUGAUGUAUUUUACUGGCCAAUUAAAACAGAUGUUUUAUUCUUUCU